AAUCUGGCAACCUGGCAACGCUGCACACACCGCCACACAUAUUACCGUUUUCUUCACGAAUAAAAAAAAAACAGAUUGUAGUCAUAAAUAAAUUGUAUUUUACAAAAAAUAUCCUUCAACGGGAUGAUCCACAGUUUAUUUAUUGUUAACUCCAACGGUGAUGUUUUCCUGGAGAAGCAUUGGCGCAGUGUCGUGUCACGGACAUGUGUUUCCUAUUUCCUAGAUAUUCAAAGGGAAACUCCGAACGAUGUUCCACCUGUGAUUUCCACGCCCCAUCACUAUCUUGUUUCGAUACAAAGGGGAGGAGUUUCUCUCGUGGCCGCAUGCAAGCAAGAAUUUCCACCUUUGUUCGUAAUCGAGUUUCUACAUCGUGUUGUUGAUACCUUCGAAGAUUAUUUUUCUGAAUGUACGGAAAGUAUCAUAAAAGAAAAUUACGUGGUAGUUUACGAACUUUUGGACGAGAUGCUAGACAACGGAUUUCCUUUAGCCACUGAGAGUAACAUUCUAAAGGAGCUGAUAAAGCCACCAAACUUAUUGAGGACUAUUGCUAACUCGGUUACCGGAAAGUCGAACGUUAGUGGAACCCUUCCAACAGGACAACUUUCGUCAAUUCCAUGGAGACGAACUGGUGUGAAGUACACCAAUAACGAGGCCUACUUCGACGUGGUCGAAGAAGUAGACGCCAUUAUCGAUAAGGGCGGACAGACGAUAUUUGCGGAAAUUCAAGGAUACAUUGAUUGUUGUAUAAAACUCAGUGGAAUGCCUGAUCUGACCCUAUCUUUUAUGAAUCCCCGUCUCUUUGAUGACGUUUCUUUUCACCCGUGUGUUCGUUUCAAACGAUGGGAAUCGGAGAGAAUUCUUUCGUUUAUUCCACCGGACGGUAAUUUCCGGUUAAUGUCCUAUCAUGUAGGCUCGCAAAGUGUUGUCGCAAUUCCGAUCUACGUACGACACAAUAUAAGCCUUAAAUCGGGGGAACAAGGGCGAAUGGACAUUACCGUUGGACCUAAGACAACAUUGGGACGAGUUGUGGAAGCGGUUAAGUUAGAAAUUCGUAUGCCAAAAUCGGUUCUCACAUGUGCGCUGCUGGCCAGUCAAGGAAAAUAUACUUUUGAUCCGGUAACGAAGACGCUCCACUGGGAUGUAGGAAAGAUUGAUGUUACGAAAUUACCGAACAUUCGGGGAACUGUUUCAACUGCCUCUGGUAGUACUUCACUCGAAAGUAGCAUCGAUCGGGUGCAAUUUACCAUUUCACAACUGGCGGUAUCUGGUUUGAAAGUGAACCGUUUGGAUAUGUACGGUGAGAAGUAUAAGCCCUUCAAAGGAGUCAAAUACGUUACGAAGGCCGGAAAAUUUCAAAUUCGGAUGUGAAAGGCAAAUCUCAUGAGUUAAUUUUGAUCUUCCAGGUAAUUCCAGCUAAUUUUAUUUACUCCAUGUCUACGUUUUAUAAACAAAAGUAUGGAAUAUUAUGCUACA